CUGCUGAUGCUGCUGCGCCUCUGUGUGUACAGUUACGGUAAUGGUGCUGAUGAGGGCGAGGGGGAGAUGUGUGAUGCUGCUGUUUGUGUCCUGCUGCCAUUUCAUCAGCACAUCUUCACGGACACAGCAGCCGCUCUGCUUCCUUUAACCAUCACCACCACACAGCCGGACGAUUCCACCUUAAAAUACUGACGACAGACGAGAGGGACGUUUAUAAAUAUGAUGUAAUUUAUGAAGCAGCCAGUCCGGACCAUCAUCUCCUGAAAACACAACCAUCGCUAUGGGUUUUGUUUUUUACACAUACUGAGCCGAUAACUUUAAGAUCUUAUUUCCCAUGAGACAUGGAGACGAUAUGGCUUUAUCAGUUUCGCCUGAUCGUCAUCGGAGACUCCACAGUCGGCAAGUCGUGUCUGAUCCGUAGGUUCACCGAGGGCCGCUUCGCCCAGGUGUCAGACCCCACUGUGGGGGUGGACUUCUUCUCCCGGCUGGUGGAGAUCGAGCCGGGCAAACGGAUCAAACUUCAGAUCUGGGACACUGCCGGACAGGAGAGGUUCAGGUCUAUCACCAGAGCCUACUACCGCAAUUCAGUGGGUGGUCUCUUGCUCUUUGACAUCACAAACCGCAGAUCCUUCCAAAAUGUCCACAGCUGGCUGGAGGAGGCUCAGAGCCACGUGCAGCCUCACAGCAUCGUCUUCCUGCUGGUGGGUCACAAGUGUGACCUGGAUGCCCAGCGUCAGGUCACCCGGCAGGAGGCGGAGAAGCUGGCAGCAGCCUUCGGGCUGUGCUACGUGGAGACGUCAGCGCGGGACGCCAUCAACGUGGAGAAGGCCUUCGUGGAUCUGACGAGGGACAUCUUUGACCUGGUGCGGAGCGGGGACAUCAAGAUCCAGGACGGCUGGGAGGGCGUCAAGAGCGGCAUCGUUCCCAACACCGUCCACUCCUCUGAGGAGGUCACCAAACGCAGCCGGCAGUGCCUCUGCUGAUCUACCUGGCUGCAGCAUGAGGGGGUGACGGGGGGGGGGUGAAUACUUCAUGUGGGCGGUGUCAACAUGUUCCUUCUACACACAAGACAUCGUUUUGACUGUCAGUGCCUGUUUGUGGCGAACGUGGGACCUUUUUUUGAUCCUCCGAACAGGUGGAGAAGCACAGGAGACAUCCUCCGCCCCCUCACUGAUCUGUGUGCAUAUGUGUGUGUGUGUGUGUGUGGUGGGGGGGACAUUACGUCACUUUUAAACCUUAAAAUAGCAGCUUCAAAAUGAGUUUGAUGGUUCACUGACUUUUAAAUAUGGAGAAUUGAGCCUCUUUCAUUCUCACUCCUAAUCUUGUCUGUUCCUGCUCUAUGUAACUUUGGCGAGUGGGUACGACUUCCUGUGAGAAGCGUGGAACUGACUGAUAGCUGCAGCUUUAAUUACAGGAAUCAGAUACAGCAAGUUCAACAGUGAGCCUGAACUGUAGAUUGGUUAAAAAGACAUAAGGCUCGUUUAUGCUCAAUGUUAGGUACGUAUACGGAAACGUAAAGAGCCUUCUCUCCGUAAUCUGCGUUAAUUUGGUCUGUAUUUACGCGCGUCUUUUGAAAGUGUACGAAACAGACGACAGAGAAGUACCACCGGGAAUCCUCAGGGGGGCAGUGCAGCCAAUGGCUCAAGCAAGACGACUAUAGGACACAAGGAGGACAUUUCAGCAACAACUUUUUGAGGAGACACUUUGCGACACUACAGGCUGAUGUUACUUCACCCGGUUAUAAGGAUAAACUUUACAAGUCAGCCGCUUUUCCCCGUUUCUGAAGAGGUACAUUAUCACAACCUCCUCCACUGUCGCCGUGUGUGUUUCCGUUAGAUAUUCUCUUGCCUUUGCGCUGCCCUCUAGUGGAUAUAUUGCUUAAUAACCAUGCCAACGUAAAGCACAUGUGGAAUAUGGGCUAUGAUGUUUACAUCGUUUGUAUCACGCGGCAUAAAGGAGCCUUUGGACGUCAUUAAAAACCAGCGUUCCUCCAAUAUUCAGUGAGGAAACUCAAAAUAUGAAGAAUUCUGAACAGAGUUGGGUGGAUUUGUUACAGCCGCAGCUCUUCUGGGUCAGGAAGACGGGGAUCAUGGGUAAUAUACACUGUUCACUUGUGUUUCAGUGCAGUGAGUAGGGCUACACAUUCAGUGCUGCGCUCAACAGACUGACAGACUGACUUUUUUAUCUUGAAAACCACUUCAUAGCUCGGACACACCAGAAUUAAUCACCACUCAUGGCUGCAGGGGGCGCUGUUGCUCAGAAGACGUACAUAGUGUUGCUUUAACCCUCAGCUCUUACCGACACUUCAAGUCCACUUUCGUACAGAACACUCAGAACUUGUACAGGCUGUGUCCAGUGGGACAGAGGAGACAGGAAGAGAUCUUCACCGAUUGUGCUGCACUACAAAUCCAAGUGGCUUAAUGCGAUAAGGAAAGUGAAAUCAAAUCGAACCAAAGUUUGAGAUGUUGUCAUGACUGUUUGUGUGAAUGCUGGAGAACGAGUUUUCCACUGUGAGAAUUGUUCUGUUCGCUGAAAAGGAAUCGACACUGUAGCUGCUUAUACUGAUAACUACUGGACCACGGGGGAAGAAUUUAGAGGUUAAUACCAAAUACAUGUUGACUGGUCUGUGGUGGUGAGAACCAUAGACUGUUUGUAAAGAUGGACGACGCGUGUUCACCUCCUCUCACUAUCCAGAAAUGCAGCUAAAAUAUCCUGGAUGCGAACGCCACCAUCAGACUCUGAGCAGUGACGAUCUAGAGAUAGAACUUCAGUGUCAAGAUUUCGCCGAGUCAGUCUCAACUGUCAAUUACGAUGUUUCACCCCAUUUUUAUUGCAUUAAAUAAAUUCAAACCAAAUUUACUGGAAUGCUGAACACUUGACCAAAACAUCAGUGUGAUAAGAACUACCUAAAAUCACACAAAAACAUUUUUUUUUAAGUGAACUUUAACUUAUUAAUUUGGUACAUGUCACAUCUGCUAACAUGGAGGAGGUGGGAUUUAUGACCUACCCUGCAUCCACACACCAGAGAGCGAUCGAGACACUUUAGCUUCACUUUUGGGGAGCACACACAUAUGUUGUCCGUCUUUAUAUAAAGUCUAUGGUGAGAACAGGUACGGUAUAAUAACCUUAAAGCUUUUCGUAUGGAAGCCCGGUGUGCUCGGUUAAAAUGAACAUAAAAUACAUUCAUAAACAUGAGAAUAAAUUGUGAAUAAUACAAUAAUAAUAACAAAACAUGUCUAAUGGACUAAUGAAGAAAAACUUAAGACUUAACUUUUAUCCUGUGACAACAUAAGAAGUGGCUUUAUAAACAAAUGAACUAACAAUAGAAAGAAAACAGUUUUUGUUUGAUUUAUACAGUUUGCACAAUAUUAUUCCUGUGACCCCACCUAUAUUUAAUGAGUCUGAACACAACACUUUCUCUCUUAUGCCUACAGUCCAUUUAUAUAAAGUCAAUGUGUCCAUGUUUAUAAUCAGUGCAUGUCUCCGUUUUAACUGAAAUUUUCCAAAGACACAAAAGAAUUUUUAUUUUUGAUAUAAUAUAAAUAACCAUUUCACUCUAGGCAGAAAGAGCAGAAGGAACAAUGUCCCUCCAUCUGUUGCUUAGGGAUGAGAAACACUUUGAAGUGGACAAGUCUUUCGAGUGCCUUUUGGAGGAACGAUGCCAAAGCACACACACUUAACUUCCUGUCCACACAUCCAAACAUACAACUGUGUGUUAAUCUUGUGAAUAUAAACUGAAUGGAGGCAGGAAACGUGUGGAGAUCACAUCACACGACUGUAAAUAAUUGAUCUAAAACCAAACCUGACAAAGUCGACUGUUCCAUGUUGUUGUGACAUCAAGUAUCCUCAAUAAUUAACGUCUGGAAACAUAAAUAUAAAUUUGUGCAAA